GUGCUGGGAGCCCGGCACCUCCCCAAAAACGGGAGGGGCAUCGUCUGUCCCUUCGUGGAGGUGGAGGUGUCCGGCGCCGAGUACGACAACGCCAAGCAGAAAACAGAGAUCGUGGCGGACAACGGCCUGAACCCUCUCUGGAGCCCGAAGCAGUUCCACUUCCAGGUCAGCAACCCUGACUUCGCCUUCCUGCGCUUCGUGGUGUAUGAGGAGGACAUGUUCAGCGAUGAGAACUUCCUGGCCCAGGCCACCUUCCUGGUGAAAGGCUUGAAGACAGGCUUCCGAGCUGUGCCCCUGAAGAACAACUACAGUGAGAACCUGGAGCUGGCUUCCCUGCUUGUCAAGAUAGACAUUUUCCCUAGCAAGCAGGAGAACGGUGAAAUAAACCUCUUCAGUGCCUCAGCCCUACGGGACAGAGCAGGGGACGCUUCCAGCCAGCUCCUGGUGAGCAGAGGCAGAGAGGGCUCCUUCGAGUCCCGCUACCAGCAGCCCUUCGAGGAUUUCCGUGUGUCCCAGGAGCAGCUGGCUGACCACUUGGAGAGCCGGGAGAGAAGGGUGCUGCGCAGGACCCGGGUCAAUGGGGACAACCGGCUGUAGCCACCUCGGCGGGUGGAGGCACCUCCAGUGCUUGUGGAUCUCACGGCACGCUGUGAACUGGUUUCUAUGGAAACGGCACUGCUAUGGCCUACUUUCAGGCAGCUUUUCCAGUUUCUCUGCUGAAGGGUGUUCCAGUGGAGAACUAAAAAAAAAAAAAAAAUGGAAA